GCUGGUUUUCAGCUCUAGGUUCUAAGAGGAUUUCUCCCUUCGUUUGUGCCCCUCAAUUAACGGGCAAAGUUAGUGGAUCGCUUGUAGAUCGAUCCUCUUCGCCAAACUGUCUAUCCUUGCUGGCUGCAUAAUGCCGGAGUAUCCCCGAUCCAUCGGCAGUCGAACACCAUGAAGCGCUCUUCACAUGAAGCCAAUCUGGACGAAAGUCCACCCCAGCAUAGCCGACGGCCGUCUCUUAUCCCUGAUGGUCGACCCUCGGCCCCAAGGAUCUCCAAAGCUCGCGCGUGCGCGGAGUGCAAGCGACACAAGAUACGUUGUGAGUUCAAAGCAGGAGAAACAAGCUGCACAAAGUGCACACGUAGUGGCAUAAAAUGCACGGUGAACGACUUCUCCCAGAAGUUUGUUGACGAUGAUGUGAUGUGGAAGUCGCAAGCUGCAGCCACAAUCCGACAGCUGCAGGCGGCUGUCUCACAUCUUUUGCGCCAGGGAGGGUUUUCAGAGCUUUCAUCGUUUGCUGGCGGCGACAACCAAAGUGGCACCAGCCCUGCCGAGUCUCAGUCUGACCUGCAACCUUCAUAUGAUGGGUCGCCCGCGACCAAACAAUCGGCGGAGCCGGGACUGAUAAUGGAUGUUACACGCGAGCCUUCUCAGGAACCGGAUCUUCAAGAUCGCGAAUUAGUGCCAGCGCCCAUGCGGAGUCUAUACGAAGUCACCAAGCUGCGCAACCUGCGGAAUAAUCCCAUCGAGCAACCCAAAGUGACACUCCUGGAGGAGGACUUCAUCUCGCGCGGGUUGAUCUCACUUCACGAGGCCGAAGAGCUCUUUGCCUACUUCAGCAGGACGAUGAACCAGCUGCUCUGGGGUGGAAUUAUCCUGGUUCAUCGUGAUCUGACUUCUGUCCGUCGAGCUUCUUCGCUUCUCUGCACUGCCGUCCUGACAGUUGCAGCACUUCAUAUCCCGAACCGUACGGAUACGCUGAACCGAUGCUACAACGAGUAUGUAUCACUUGUGUCCAGCAUGUCUCUGACACGGUCUCACACCCUGGAUGAUAUUCGCGCGCUCUGUAUUGGGGCGUUCUGGCUGUCGGAGCUGAGCUGGAAGCUGUCAGGCCAUGCCGUUCGCAUUGCCACCGAACUAGGUCUUCACCAGAGCUACCAUAAGAUGAUGCGCGGUCACAACGACCAGUACGAGCGUGCUCAGCUCUGGUACCUGAUGUAUGUGUGCGAUCACCACUUCAGUAUCGCGUACGGACGACCACCCGUGAUCCACGAAGAUGCCGCUAUCAGAAACUACGAGACAUUUCUGCAAUCGCCGUUGGUCGUACCAGGAGACAUCCGGCUCAUGGCACAGGUGGCUCUGUUCAUGAUCCUCACGGAAGCUUACCGGACUUUUGGAAGUGAUACCGAGCAACCAUUCACCGAGGAAGAUUUUGGUCAAUUACGAGUCUUCAAUGUGGCCAUCGACCAAUGGCGGCUGCUGUGGCAGCCACGAUCCGGCGAUAGCCCGUAUGUGCGGACCUACCCAUCUAAAGGGGUAGUGCUUCACUACCACUUCGCCAAAUUUCAGCUGAACUCACUUUCCCUGCGGGCUCUGUCCCCGUCCAACACCCCCGUCUUCUCGAUGGACCGCAAAGAGUCGGCCAACACGGCCAUCGCAUCCGCCAUGGCGUGCUUAAAUAUGGUGCUAGAAGAACCCGACAUCCGCGACGCAAUCGUGGGAGUCCCGAUCUUCACCCAUACGAUGAUCACGUUCUCCGCCGUGUUUCUACUCAAAGUUGCCAUCAACUGGAAUUCGGCCUACCUCAGCCUCGACGGCCGCCAGGUCCGACGUCUAGUGGAGCGGGUGAUCGAGUUGCUGAACUGUGUCUCCGCGGGCGAGAGACAUCUGACGAGGCAUAUCGCCCGUGGGCUCGGAAAGAUGCUGGAGCGGUUCGACUCGUGGGACUCGUGGCACACGAAUGGCACGGCUGUGGCUGACUCCGCGGCCGCCGAUGCGAAAGGGAGCAGCGACGUCCCCGGGGGCGCCAACGCCAUGGCCCAAGGGUUCCCGCCGCCGGAUCUGAUAUACGAUAUGGUGGGCACGUAUGGGUUUGGGUUGGAUGAGAACUUACUGGAUCCCAGUAUGGCGAGUUUUGAAUUUCUGGCUCAAUAG